UAAAAAAAAUCAACCUUUCCUUUUCCGGUUGCAAUCAUGAAGAUUGAAUUGUGCUCGUUUAGUGGGUACAAAAUCUACCCAGGCCAUGGCAAGAAAAUGGUUAAAGCCGACGGCAGGGUUUUCCAAUUUAUUAAUUCAAAAUGCGAGAGCUCACAUAAUAUGAAACGCAACCCUCGUAGGAUCAACUGGACUGUGCUUUACAGGCGCAAGUACAAAAAGGGUCAGACAGAAGAGGUUGUAAAGAAACGAACACGUCGUACAACCAAGUUCCAUCGUGCCAUCACAGGUGCCACACUUGGUGAUAUUAUGGCCAAGCGAAAUCAGAAACCAGAAGUACGAAAAGCACAAAGAGAACAGGCGAUCAGAGCAUACAAAGAAAAACAGAAGGCAAAGGAUGCAGGAAAGAAAGCUAAUAAGCCAUCAGUAGCAAAGAGUGCUGCCAAGAUCAAGCCUGCAAAGAAUAUUGCCAAACCGCAAGGUCGUGUUGGUGGAAAACGAUAAAAACUUUGUCACCUAAUAAUAAAAAAAAAGAAGAAAACUGA